CCGAGCACCCAGAGCCUGGGAGCUCACCCGUCCAGCCGGGGAUGCAGGAGCCUUCCUGAUACGAGCGACUCCGCAAAGUCUUUUUCCUGACAUUUCGGAAGCUUUUUGAAGGAAAUUUUGAUGACCUCGUUUUCCAGGCAUCUAAAUAUCCAGAGGAACUGCUGAGAUGUUCCGAGCAGCCUUUUUUCCCACUCUCCUUUGUGUGGUUCUAGUUCCUCUUCAUGCUCAGUUUGAUGAGGAUCCUGGAGAUGCCAGUCCUACCUCCUGUGCAGAAAAGAGGAACUGCCCCAUCAAUGUGUACUUCAUCAUUGACACCUCGGAGAGUGUUGCUCUGCAGACUGUGCCUAUCCAGAGCCUCGUGGAUCAAAUAAAGCGGUUCAUCCCUGUGUUCAUCGAUAAACUGGAGAAUGAGCUCUAUCAGAACCAAGUCUACAUCACUUGGCAGUUUGGUGGACUUCAUUACUCAGAUGUGGUGGAAAUUUACAGCCCUUUAACAAGCAGCAAAGACAUAUACCUCCCCAGGCUGUCUGCUAUUAACUACCUUGGCCGGGGCACCUUCACAGACUGCGCUAUCUCCAACAUGACAGAGCAGAUCCAGACCCAGAUGGCCUCAGGUGUGAACUUUGCGGUAGUCAUCACUGAUGGCCAUGUCACUGGCAGUCCCUGUGGGGGGAUGAAGAUGCAGGCUGAGAGGGCACGAGACAUGGGGAUCAAGCUUUUUGCGGUGGCUCCCAGUGAGAACAUCUACGAGCAGGGACUGCGGGAGAUUGCCAACCUGCCGCAUGAGCUGUACCGCAACAACUAUGCCAUCACGCAGAAAGACACCCUGGACAUUGAUGUGAACACCAUCGAGAGGAUAAUCCAAGCUAUGAAACACGAAGCCUACGGAGAGUGCUACAAGAUGAGCUGCCUGGAGAUUGCAGGUCCGCCUGGUCCCAAGGGAUACCGAGGGCAGAAGGGUGCAAAGGGGAACAUGGGUGAGCCAGGGUCCCCUGGGCUGAAGGGACGACAGGGUGACCCAGGUAUUGAAGGUCCGAUUGGAUACCCUGGUCCCAAGGGUGUCCCAGGGCUGAAAGGAGAGAAGGGCGAGAUUGGAUCCGAUGGACGGAGGGGUGCUGCUGGUUUGGCAGGCAGGAACGGCACCGACGGACAGAAGGGCAAGCUGGGAAGAAUUGGACCACCAGGCUGCAAGGGAGACCCCGGUGACAAGGGCCCUGAUGGCUACCCAGGUGAUGCAGGAGACCAAGGUGAAAGAGGAGACGAAGGCAUAAAGGGAGAUCCUGGCCGGCCUGGUCGCAGUGGACCCCCGGGACCUCCAGGAGAAAAAGGAAGCCCGGGACUUCCAGGCAACGCUGGAGCUCAAGGGCCUGCUGGAAGUAAGGGAAGAAGAGGUGAAGCAGGACCUCCUGGACCCAAAGGAGAGCCCGGUCGACGUGGAGAUCCAGGGACAAAAGGCAGCAAAGGCACUCCUGGGGCCAAAGGAGAAAGGGGAGAUCCUGGUCCAGAGGGUCCUCGUGGCCUGCCCGGUGAGGUUGGAAGCAAAGGAUCAAGGGGAGACCAAGGACUGCCAGGACCCCGAGGCCCUUCAGGUGCUGUGGGAGAGCCAGGCAAGAUAGGAUCACGUGGGGACCCUGGUGACUUGGGCCCAAGAGGUGAUGCCGGACCACCAGGACCGAAGGGUGACAGAGGCAGACCUGGCUUUAGCUACCCUGGACCCAGAGGACCGCAGGGUGACAAGGGUGAGAAGGGGCAGCCGGGACCCAAGGGAGGAAGAGGUGAGCUUGGACCAAAAGGAGUGCAAGGGACCAAAGGAGAGAAGGGGGAACCGGGUGAUCCUGGCCCAGGAGGUGAGCCCGGACCCCGCGGUCCAACUGGUGAAGCAGGCCGCGAGGGGACCCCCGGCCCACCAGGAGAUCCUGGCCUGACUGACUGCGACGUGAUGACCUAUGUGCGAGAGACGUGCGGAUGCUGUGACUGUGAGAAGCGCUGUGGUGCCCUGGACAUCAUGUUCGUCAUAGACAGCUCAGAGAGUAUUGGCUACACCAACUUCACCCUGGAGAAAAAUUUUGUUGUCAACGUGGUCAGCCGGCUGGGCUCUAUUGCCAAGGACCCCAAGUCGCAGACAGGUGCCCGUGUUGGGGUGGUGCAGUACAGUCACGAGGGGACAUUCGAAGCCAUCAAGCUUGAUGAUGAGCGCAUUGAUUCACUGUCGAGCUUCAAGGAAGCAGUGAAGCGCCUGGAGUGGAUCGCUGGAGGCACCUGGACACCAUCUGCCCUUCAGUUUGCCUACAACAAGCUCAUCAAGGAAAGCAAGCGAGAGAAAGCCCAAGUGUUUGCUGUGGUGAUCACAGAUGGGCGCUAUGACCCCCGGGAUGAUGACAAGAACCUCGGGGCUCUUUGUGGUAGAGAUGUGGUUGUCAACACCAUUGGCAUUGGAGACAUGUUUGAUCAGCCAGAACAGAGCGAGACCCUGGUCUCCAUUGCCUGCAACGAACCCCAGCGAGUCCAGAAGAUGAGGCUCUUCUCGGACCUGGUGGCAGAGGAAUUCAUUGACAAGAUGGAGGACGUGCUCUGCCCAGAUCCACAGAUCGUCUGCCCUGAGCUGCCCUGUCAGACAGAUGACAGGAACCCUGGGAACGUAAACCCACUUAUUUUCCGCCCCAUGGAAGAGGGAGUCAACAUAGAUUUCCCCAGCACCAUACACUCGAUCGCCCAGUUCCUAAACUCCACGCGGGAAACCCAGGACCCCAGCAUGUACACCCAGCUGGUGGCCACUUUGGCCUUUACCGCCGAAAAAGCCAAGUUUGCCACUGGAAAUGAGCGGCAAGAGUGGAUGGACUUGUUCAUUGACACCUUCAAAAUGGUGCACAGCGAGAUUGUGGGGGACCCAGAAACUGUGCUAGGGCUUUGCUGACAUCUCUGUUAGAGAUCGCAUGAAGCAGGUGGAGGCAGAGGUUUAGUGGAGGUGGUAAUCAACUUUCCUCGAGUGCCUGUUUGGUAGAGGGGACAGGUACAUUGGUAGAUGCUUUUAGUUUAGGAGAAACACAGGCAGUGAAACAGCUUGGUUGCGCUCAGCUGGGGAUGUGACAAAAGGGGCAGUCCUCUCCGGCAUGGCUGGCUGAUGAACAUGGUGGCUUUCUCCAGUGAUGUCAAGAGAUGCUGUUGUUUUGCCCACUGCUUUUCUGCAGAGAGGCUGCGUUGCCUCGGUCUCUGAGCCAGCCACGCUGCUCCCCUCCAGCCCUACCGCACUCCCACCCUGCUCUGACAGGCUAGCAUGUCCCAGCCCUCAGCAAUGCGCGAGCACCAGGCUCCACCAAGGAGACUGCCGGCACGCACAUGGCUGAGGGCCAGAGCGAGCCCCUCUUUUGCAGAGAGCCUAACAAUGCGCUUUUCCCAUGCCUUCCUGCGUAUGUAUUUGCUCACCGUUUCUGAAGCAUCUUCUGUAUCCUCUCGCUGGGUUACCAUAAGGGCUUUCUUUGGGUCCUGCAAACCAUUUGUGUGGCAAGACUGGCAAAGCAAGGUGCAUCUCCAGUGAGUGUCUCUUUACAACCAUUCAAUGGGCAGUUGAGGAUAUUGAGGGGAAAGAUCAAACAGUAUGGGAGAAGGGGCAACCCUGGCUUUCCAUCAAGAGCACCAAAACCUGGGGAGUGCUUCUCUCAGAAGCUGUAUGAGCUCCCUCUGCCUUUUUCUCUGCUUGUACAUUUGUGUUUCUUCUGUCUUAAUUAGCAACAUGUACCUGUUCAUAUCCAAGAGGUAGAGGUUAUGUAGGACUAGGCAGUCCAAAGCAGAAAUCCAUGACUGCACAGUCAAACCUCUGUGAUACGUUACAUGAGCUAUUUAAAAGGAAGUAUUUAAACUUGUAGUAUAAGCCAUUCAAUCCAUACCCAGUGCUAGUUCGGUUCAAAGAGACUACAGACCCACCACUUGCGCUGUGGGUACAUGCAUUUAGAUGAGGAGUGAUAUUUCCAUGAGGUCAGCUGCCCCUGGUUUUCACAAGAAGUCAGGCAGGUGACUGCCAUUCCUGCCCCCAGAAUAACUAUUGCCCUCUCAAGCUGUAGGAAGAGAAAAUGGCAUUUCGUGUGCAGACAUAAGAGUAGGAGUGUUUACUGCUGGCAAGUGAAUUUUGCAGCCUCUCUAACUGACAUGGUAUUAUUGCAAUAAAGUAUACUGAGUAAAUGUCAUAUUUAAUGGGCAGAAGGGAAAUGUACAGUCUUCAAAAAUGCAGUUGGGCUGUAAUGUUUCCAGGUGUACAAAGUGGAGCCAGUUGCCAAGCUCAGGCAUGGGAACUGGAAUGAGGAAUUUGCCCACUUGGAACUUCUUACAGUGUUUUCAACAUCUGGGGCUUACCAGUCUAGGCUAGAAGCAAUCCGGCGACAGGCACGCAGGGGAGGUGUUUGUGUCACUCAGCACAUGAGCAGGUCAGAUGCGCUGCACAAAAACAGUCUUUCUCCCAAGUUUUCAGCACUUUUUGCUCCCAGUCUAUAGGGACAUGGAGCUUAGAGAAUUCCGCUGUUGGCAUAUAAUGGAGGGAAAAUUGUUCAGAGAGCUUUAAAUGGUGUGCUCAGUUUUAGGUGAAGGCAAAAGGAUGCAGAUCUGCCUGUGUGAGUCCAUAUGCUAGUGUCUGGUCGUAAUCCACAUAUUGGAGAUAGUCUGUGCAAAGCCAAGCUCCCCAAUCUGUUUUGAUUUUUAUCCCAAAAGUAGCGUAUGACUUAGCCUGCUGGGAUGCAAGUAAGAUGACUGAACUCAGAGUAGUUAAGAUGCUCCAGCCAUGAUGCUAGAGGAAAAGCCCCAAAGAAACACUGAUUUGAAGAGAACAUCUCAGGGCUGGGACAUCUUGCUGAACAAGAUGAGGAUUCGGCAAGACUUCAGUAAAGGGGGUUUAGA